AUGUUAAUGGUCUAUUUUACUAUUUUUACUUUAUGUCUGGCAUUAAGAAUUUCGACUCUGCCUGCACCAGCUGUCGUUUAUUCAGGUGUUAUCUAUAAUGCACAGAAAUUACCAAUUCAGUGUCAUGUAUUCCGGUCUCAUCCAAAUGGGCAUCUAUUAAAAUAUCGACCAUUUACUAUUCGGAAAAAUGAAUAUCGUUUAAUAAAGAAAGUAACAUUGAAUAUGGGAAUGUGGACAGCCGUUGCAAUAAUAACGAAAAUUCAAUGUGGAAAUUUAGUACUUACCGCUCCAUUUGAUCAUGUUAAAUCAAUCGAACGAAAUUGGGAAUUUCAUGUUCAACCAGAUAAAAUUAUAUCGUUUGGACCGAGUUCAUAUGUUACUAAUACUUGA